AUGGGAAACGGUGAAGCCUCCGUGGCUGCCGCCGAAACAGACGACUUUUCUCUGCUCUGCUACUCGAUUUCGAGAGCGGCCAUCGGCGUGCACUUCACGACGGCGGUCGCCGUGAACCUCUACGACCUUGACGGAUGGGACCAGUGGACGGACGGACGAGCCCGGCUCCCGGAGCGCGAAGCGCGCAACGGCCGAAUUGGAACGGAAAGCACGGAUUCGCCCAGCUCAUUAACAGCCGACAAGACGAUGCACCUGUCGAGGAGCACAAGGCGCUGC